UCCUCCUCAUCAACUCCCUGAUCCCCUCCCCUUGCCGGGGCCUUCAAAGACUUCCGGUGUCUCCAACUCCGGCGGAGGCUGCGAACCCUCAGGUUAUUCAUGAAACGAGGAAUCGGCGACCCUCUAAAGGGUCACAUAUGGCCUACCCUUGUGGUGGCCAUCGCCAUUCUCACGGUGAGUGACAAUGUAGCCGCCGUCUCUGGUGAACUGCCAUACGCUUAUGCCUCUCCACCACCUCCGUCGACGCCGCCUCCUCUGCCAUACUAUUACAAGUCACCACCACCACCACCUUACCAUUACAAGUCUCCACCUCCACCAUCCCCGACACCGCCACCACCUUACUACUACUAUAAGUCACCACCUCCUCCCUCACCAUCUCCGCUGCCACCCUACUACUACAAAUCCCCGCCACCUCCAUCUCUUUACCUAACGCCGCCGUACUACUACAAGUCUCCGCCACCAGCUUCUCCAUCCAAACCACCACCUUACUAUUAUAAGUUACCGCCACCUCCUCGUCCCUUGCCUCCACCGCCGUAUUAUUACAAGUCUCCACCGCCACCUUCUUCUUCUCCCCUGCCACCAUACUACUAUAAGUCCCCUCCUCCUCCUCCUCCCUCACAUCCAACACCUUACUAUUAUCAGUCUCCACCACCUCCCAAGAGGUAUCCAUCACCACCAUACUAUUACAAGUCUCCACCACCACCAGCGAAAUCUAGACUGCCACCCUACUACUAUAAGUCACCACCACCACCCGCUAAGUCUCCUCACCCGCCAUACUACUACGCGUCUCCACCACCACCAGUAAAGUCUCCUCCUUCACCAUACUACUAUAAAUCUCCGCCGCCACCUUACCACCAUGGGCUUGUCGUUAAGGUGGUCGGAAAGGUCUAUUGCUACAAAUGCUACAACUGGGAACAUCCAGUGGAGUCGUACCGCAAGAAGCCCUUGAAAGGCGCCGUGGUCAAGGUAACGUGCACGGCCGGCGACGAGGGAUUCGUGUCAUUCGGCCAAACAAGCAGCCAUGGUGUAUACGGCGUCGCUGUUGAAGGCUUCCCCUACUGGAAGCAUGGGGCCAAGGCCUGCAAGGUUGAGCUCCACGCUGCACCCAAGGGCUCUAUUUGCAAUGUGCCAACGGGAUCCAACGAGGGCACCAAGUUGAAGGUUUACUCCACCUCUCAUGAGGAGAUGGUCCUCAAGGCCAAGCCAUUGGCCUUUGCUCCCAAGAAGCCUUACAAGGAGUGCAAAAUUUACCACCACAACAAGCCACCAACACCCGUCUGCAAGCCUCCUUCCUCACCAUCCCCACCCAUUUACUACUACAAUUCGCCACCGCCACCAGUACCAUAUUACUACAGGUCUCCACCACCUCCGGCAAGGACGUUGCCACCAUACUAUUACAAGUCUCCGCCACCACCACCAAUACCAUAUUACUACAAGUCUCCACCACCUCCGGCAAGGACGUUGCCACCAUACUAUUACAAGUCUCCGCCACCACCACCAGUACCAUAUUACUACAAGUCUCCACCACCUCCGGCAAGGACGUUGCCACCAUACUAUUACAAGUCUCCGCCACCACCAGUGAAGUCUCCACGACCUCCUUACUACUACAAGUCCCCAGCUCCACCUCUAAAGUCACCACCAUCUCCCUACUACUACAAGUCCCCGCCCCCACCAGUGAAGUCUCCACUGCCACCAUACUAUUACAAGUCUCCACCCCCACCAGUGAAGUCGCCUCUACCACCAUAUUAUUAUAAGUCUCCACCUCCACCAAAGAAAUCUCUACCACCUUAUUAUUAUAGGUCUCCUCCCCCACCAUCACCAACUCCUCCUCCUUACUACUACAAGUCGCCACCUCCUCCGGUGAAGUCACCAUCUCCUUACUACUACAAGUCUCCACCACCACCGCCACCCUCACGUUCGGCCCGUGCUCCCUACUAUUACGGUUCACCACCUCCUCCUAAGAAGUCACCACCGGCUCCUUACUAUUACAAGUCUCCACCACCACCCUCUCCAUCUCCACAUCCUCCAUACUACUACCAAUCCCCACCACCACCCUCUCCUUCUCCAUUUCCUCCCUACUACUACAAGUCCCCACCUCCACCUGUAAAGUCUCCACUUCCUCCCUACUACUACAAGUCCCCACCUCCACCAUCUCCAUCUCCACUACCACCGUACUACUACAAGUCCCCGCCCCCACCGGUGAAGUCCCUUCCUGCUCCCUAUUACUACAAGUCCCCACCACCUCCAUCACCGUUCCCACCUCCUCCCUACUACUACAAGUCCCCACCACCACCAUCGCCUUCACCACCAGCUCCCUACUACUACAAGUCCCCACCUCCGCCAGUGAAGUCUCCUCCAUACUACUACAAAUUCCCACCACCUCCAUCCCCAUCUCCUCCACCUCCUUACUACUACAAGUUUCCACCACCUCCCUCACCAUCGCCUCCAUCUCCUUACUAUUACAAGUCUCCACCACCACCCUCGCCAUCUCCUCCUCCUCCCUACUACUACAAGUCACCACCUCGUCCAACAUCUCCUCCACCUCCGUACUUCUACAAGUCCCCACCCCCAUCAUCCCCUUCUCCCGCACCUCCCUACUACCACCAGUCCCCUCCUCCCCCCUCACCAUCCAAACUUCCUCCCUACCUCUACUCCUCCCCGCCACCACCAAUCCAUUACUAAGCACAAACCCAUAAAUGGCCUCUUCCCUUCUUCAUCCAAGUUCUUGGUUCAGUGAUAUAUGCGAGGGUCUUUCGAAGUUUGGGUGGUAUUGUUUUCGCCUUUUAGUGUCUCCUUAAAAAUGGACGUAUUCUUGUAUUUGUUGUAUGUAUAGGUCUGUAUUGGUCUACUGUUUCCCAGGCUACUAAAGCUUUUGCUACCGGAAAAUAAAACAAAGACCUUUCCUU